AUGGAAAGUGCAGGUUCAUCAAUGGAGGGGAAAGUUGUAAUCAUCACAGGAUCAACAUCAGGCAUUGGUUUACAAACGGCCAAAGACCUACGUCAAUUAGGUGCUACAAUCAUCGUUACUUGCCGUGAUGAAGUUCGUGGACGUGCUGCCGUUGAAGCAUUGCAGUCCAUGGCCGAAUGUACGGGAGAAGUACACAUGCUUUCAUUGGAUCUCAUGUGUUACAACAGUAUCCUGGAGUUUUGUCGUGAGGUUCGUGAGACUUUUGAGGUCAUUGAUGUGCUUAUCUGUAACGCUGGAAUAAUGGGAAAGGCAUUCGAAUUAUCAUCGGAUGGAAUUGAGAGUCAUAUGGCAACUAACCUGUUUGGGCAUUAUGUCAUCAUUAAUAAUUUAUUCGACCACUUAGAAAGGACCAGUGGACGCAUCUUACUAGUAUCUUCCGGGCUAUACAAAGGAGCUACCCAUAUGCCGUUGACAAAACAACUAAUGGGAGAAGAUAAUUGGGAUUACGACGGAAGAUUUGCGUAUGCUUUCAGUAAACUAGCAAUUAAUCUCUACACGUCAGAGAUGGCGAGGAUAUUGAAGCGUACUAAAAGCAAUGUGAAAGUGGUUUGUAUCAGACCUGGUUUCGUGCGUGGUACUGAACUAGGUCGUGAAACCCAUUGGGUAUUACGUAAAGCAGCAGCUCCGUUAAUUUGGCUCUUCUCUAAAAGCCUACAAGAUGGAACCCAAUCUCUGGUAAUGGCAAGCACAGCUCCCUCUGAAAGUCUUGAAAAUGGUGGUAUGUAUCACGAUGGCGAAUUAGAGCCGUUCAACGAGAUGGUGACUGAGGAAAAUGCUAAAACAUUGUUCCAAAUGCUACAAACCAUGGAAAAUUUGUUGAUAAAGCGCAGUAAGUUGCCCAAAGACGCGCUUGACGAGGCGAGCAAGUUCGCUUGUAAAUUCGUGUGA